UACGGAAAUAUAGCUGAAGACAGAGUGUCAGUGUGAUACGAUGGACAGCGUUUACAGUGACGAGUUGGGGGCAUUUUAAGUGUCGCAGUGGGGUCAAUCGAGUGUCAUCUAGCGUCACUUAAGUUCCGUUUGUCGCGACACAACACGAAUGGUGGAGGACUGCAUUCCAGUGGCGCUUCUUCUUCUUACUUGAGGAUUAGUUAGAAUAUAUGGUCAUCGCUGACAUGCUGUAGCUUAUCGAUAAGCCGCACGGUAUAUUUUCGGUGGUCUGGCUGCUUUAAGGCUGCGGCCAUGAAGACGUUCAGGUGUCCCUCUCGACACGGAUAUGCUGCUGAGAUAUCCCCGUUUCUGCCCUCCAGACUGGCAUGUGCCGCGUCUCAGCACUAUGGCAUCGCAGGAUGUGGGACGCUUCUGGUGCUGGAUCAGGAUGAAGGUGGUAUCAAGCUCAUUAGGAGUUUCGACUGGAACGACGGGCUAUUCGACGUCACGUGGAGCGAGAAUAACGAGCAUGUUCUGGUGACGGGGGCCGGGGACGGAUCUGUGCAGGUGUGGGACACUGCGAAUCCCCGGGGCCCCCUGCAGGUGCUGAAGGAGCAUACACAGGAGGUGUACAGUGUGGACUGGAGCCAGGUGCGGGGCGAAGCUCUGCUGCUGUCCGGCUCGUGGGACCACACCGUUAAAUUGUGGGACCUGGAGCGGCCCCAGUCACUCUGCACCUUCAGGGGCCACGAGGGGGUCGUCUACAGCACAGUGUGGUCCCCCCACGUCACCAGCUGCUUCGCCUCUGCUUCAGGGGACGGGACGCUCCGAGUGUGGGAUGUGAAGAUGGGCGUGUCCAGGCUGGUGAUCCCCGCCCACAAUGCUGAAAUCCUCAGCUGCGAUUGGUGCAAGUACGACCAGAAUGUGCUGGUGACGGGGGCGGUGGACUGCGGCCUUCGCGUGUGGGAUCUGCGCAGCACCCGGCAGCCCGUGGCCGAGCUCCUGGGCCACUCCUACGCCAUCCGGAGGCUCAAAUUCUCCCCAUUUCACCGGACUCUACUGGCUUCCUGCUCCUACGACUUCACCGUGAGAAUCUGGGACUUCUCCCGGCCGGAGCCGCUGCUGGAGACUCUGGAGCACCACACGGAGUUUGUAUGCGGCCUGGAUUUCAACCUCCACAUACCCAACCAGGUGGUGGACUGUGCCUGGGAUGAGACGGUGAAGGUGUACAUCCCGGCGAGCCUGGCCGACCUUCAGCCGUGCGCCGACUAGGGAGGCGGAGGGGGAGCACCGCGGACUCGUUGCGGUUCAAGUCGCCGGCAGCACUUUGCCAAAGACUUACUGCAGCUCUCUUAAUGAUGCUAUUAAGUGGAGCCUUGGGACGGGCCGUGCGGAGAUGAAUGAGGCCGAUGGCGUAAUGGACGCGAUGUACUCUGCAUAUGUAACUCUACAGGUGCCGCAUGCGUUCUCGCGUGCUUUUUAUACCUUGUUAAAAGGUGUUCAAUAAAUUUCCCCCAUUUAUUUUAAUGGCGUUUGAUGACAUGUGUACCUGCUAUGAUUACUUUUAAAUGACGUGUUCUUUCGGGUAAAUGGUUUACCAAGUCUGAUAGAACAUAGAGGAAGUAGGUUAUAUGCAAAAACGGUUUAAAAAAUAAUAAAAUCCCCUUCUUUCCAUCCUGGGUCCACUCUGCAUGGUGCCUUGUGUUUCCUCAGGUUUCAGUUUCACUACAUUGAAUACAAGUUGUGGAAGAUGGAGAGAUGUGUGGGUUAUUCUUUGAUAUGUAACUUCCCUACCGGGAGUGUUGAAUGGUAUCUAAAAUAUUAUGUGCUUUGAGAUUUGUUGCAAAGAUCGCUUUGUCAAAUUUCUGGUAACGAGAAAAUGAUGGUUGAAUUUUAUUCUCAAUCAUGCUGUAUGUGAUCCCUGUUUUUAAAAAAAUAUAUAUUAAAAGUCCUGCAUCGUGCUCAGA